AUGGAUUCCACCGAUCCUGUGUCAGUUGCGCGUUCAGGGCGCAGGAGCUCCCAGGCUCCCCGCCCUUCAAAUGAGAGCUAUCGCUCCAUUCGCAGACGUAAUUCAAAUUUAAGCUCCUCGAGCUUCAUGGGCGAUGUAGAAAUGGCACAUGAUGAGAUCUUUUCGGGCCCCAUGUCCGAGAGCGUGCCCACAAGCGUCACAUCAUUUGCCCAUCACAGAGCAAGAGCAGAUUCCACCGCUGGCUUUACGUACUUGCAGCCUGCAGAUGAUGCCCAGUGGCAUGCUACUGCGGCUGGAGACGAGGAGGCGUUGGAAGAUGAAGAAGACAUCUACCAUGAAGAUGGCUACGAGGGGGAUCUCUACGAGGAGGAUUCCGCAGGAUUGGAAGCCGGGGAGUUGUCAAUGAGACGCAUGUCGUCAAAUUAUUCCCGGGGUUCUGUACAUGACCGUUUACUUCAGAGCGACAGUGGAAUAUCUGAGAGCCAUCCGCACGGUCGAGGUAAGGUGAGCCAAAGGAUAUAUAUCGUCAAUGAGGACUUAACGAUUGUUGUGGCCGGCUUUAGGACGAGUCAGGUGGGCUAUAUUGUCUAUGGCAUUAUAUGCGUAAUAACAUUCGGUCUGGCCUACCUUUUAUUCCGCUGGAUUCCCAAAUGGCAGGUUUGGUUGACUGGAUCGCCGACCCCAUUACGCGAUUGCUCCUGGGUGGUUGUUGAGAAUCAAUGGGGCGAAUUUGUUAUCCAAGAUUUAAAUAUCAUCGACUAUGAGAAGCCACUUUCAACCGUCUUUGGUGCGGAAAAGCAUCGUCAAACAUCAUACGAAGAUGAUGAUCCCAUUUUGCCAAAAUUGAGGCUUCUUGAUUAUCGUUAUAUGAGAUUCUGCUUCCAUCCUUUCAAAGGAAGAUUUAUAUCAAUUGAUAGCUGGAAGGAUCCCUCCUGGGUCGAUGUCAAGUCUAUCCGGGUUGGGAUUGAUGGCGAAGAAAAAGAUACCCGUGAAGCAGUAUUUGGAAGGAACCUUAUCGACAUCAAGGAGAAGACUAUUCCCCAGCUACUUAUGGACGAGGCUUUUCACCCAUUUUAUGUCUUUCAGAUAGCUAGUAUCAUUUUGUGGUCUCUUGAUGAGUACUACUAUUACGCCAUGUGCAUAUUUGUCAUCUCGGUUGCGAGUAUCACAACCACUGUUGUUGAAACCCGUUCGACCAUGAAACGGUUACGAGAGAUCUCGAGAUUCGAGUGUGAUAUACGGGUUCUCCGUAAUGGCUUCUGGCGCUAUAUUUCGUCAAGCGAAUUGGUCCCUGGAGAUGUUUACGAAGUAACAGAUCCAGUACUAUCACAAUUUCCAUGCGACGGCCUCUUAAUAUCUGGCGACUGUAUUGUAAAUGAGAGUAUGCUGACUGGCGAGUCAGUGCCAGUUUCGAAAACGCCGGCCACGGACGAGUCGCUCCAAUACAUGAAUUUAGCAGCAACAUCGGUCGCGCCUGAAGUGAGCAAACACUUCCUAUUUUGUGGCACCAAAAUCAUUCGUGCUCGCCGACCUCAGGAUGACAAAGAUGAUGAAGCAGUGGGCCUUGCAAUGGCCGUUCGCAUUGGAUUCAAUACGACCAAAGGAGCGCUGGUUCGGUCUAUGCUUUUCCCGAAACCAUCAGGCUUCAAAUUUUACCAGGACUCAUUUCGAUAUAUCUCGGUCAUGGGUGGAAUUGCUCUACUUGGUUUCACCGCCUCCUUCGUCAACUUUGUGCGACUGGGACUUGCUUGGCAUUUGAUAAUUGUUCGCGCAUUGGACCUUAUUACUAUUGUUGUACCCCCUGCCUUACCCGCAACACUAACUAUAGGAACAAACUUUGCUUUAUCGCGCCUCAGAAAGAAGCAGAUUUUCUGCAUUAGCCCGCAACGAGUCAAUGUGGGGGGCAAGAUUGAUCUUAUGUGCUUUGACAAGACAGGCACACUUACGGAGGAAGGACUAGACGUUCUAGGGGUGCGUGUUGUGGAGGGCCCUGCAAAUAGAUUCAGCGAUAUAUUGCUUGAUGCACCAUCGUUAGUUCCAGGAGCUUCAUACGAACGAGAUCCUACGGUAGAUUACGACACCCACAAGGCCACACUUUUUACUAUGUCGACGUGUCAUUCGCUGAGAUCAGUUGAGGCCGGCCUAGUCGGUGAUCCUCUGGAUUUGAAGAUGUUUGAGUUCACUGGAUGGUCAUUUGAAGAAGGUCAGCAAAACUCAGGCGAGCUUGACGAUGAUGAAAGUAAAGGCAUUUCACCUUCAACCGCGAGGCCCCCCACGGAGCUGGAGUAUGGCCUUCGUGAACCUGAUGGCCCAGAGAAUUCGACUCCCAUUGAGCUUGGUAUUUUAAAGUCGUUCGAGUUUGCGUCUCACUUGAGGAGAUCAAGUGUAAUUGUGAGGAAUUUUGGAUCUCGUGGGGUCGAUAUUUAUGUCAAGGGUGCUCCCGAGUGCAUGAAGGAUAUCUGCCGACCUGAAAGCUUCCCUAAUGAUUACGACGAGCUUUUGACAUACUAUACCCAUAGAGGUUUCCGAGUCAUUGCCUGCGCACGGAGACACAUACCUAAAUUGAGCUGGGUCAAGGUACAAAGGAUGAAAAGGAGCGAAGCCGAAUCGCAACUUAAUUUUAUUAGUCUUAUCAUAUUUGAGAACAAAUUGAAGCCAAGCACUCAAGGUGUUCUCGAAGUGCUUGAAAAGGCCCAGAUAAGGAAGCUUAUGUGCACCGGCGACAAUAUUUUAACCGCUAUAAGCGUUGCAAGAGAGUGCACUUUAAUCGACAAAACUGCCCAUUGCUUUGUCCCUCAUUUUGCUGAAGGGCAUUUCCAAGAUCCAAAUUCUCGUUUGGUCUGGGAGAGCAUAGAUAACCCCAUAUACCAACUGGAUGGUCGAACGCUUACACCGCUUCCACCUCCCGCUGAAGGAGACGCCUCAUUGCCUUAUGAUAUAUCAAACCUCAAAAAAUUCUCUCUAGCUGUCAGCGGCGAUGUGUUUCGCUGGAUGAUUGAUUUUGCUUCUCCGGGAGUCAUCCAAAAGAUGCUUGUUGGAGGCCAAGUUUUUGCUAGGAUGUCCCCUGACGAAAAACAUGAACUAGUAGAAAAACUACAGAGCAUCGGUUACUGUGUCGGAUUCUGUGGCGACGGGGCAAAUGACUGUGGAGCACUGAAAGCCGCUGAUGUUGGGAUCUCCCUGUCAGAGGCAGAGGCUUCGGUUGCAGCCCCAUUCACAAGCAGAAUCUUUGACAUCACAUGUGUCCCAGAGGUUAUUCAAGAGGGACGUGCGGCUUUAGUUACCAGCUUCAGCUGCUUCAAAUAUAUGAGCCUAUACUCCGCAAUUCAAUUCACUUCCGUCAGCUUCCUAUACGCCACCGCAUCUAACUUGGGGGAUUUCCAGUUUCUUUUCAUUGAUCUGGUUCUAAUCCUCCCAAUUGCAAUUUUCAUGGGUUGGACCGGGCCUUACCGGAUACUCUCCAAUAGGCGUCCUACAGCCAACCUUGUGUCUCGCAAAGUAUUAGUUCCACUUAUUGGGCAGAUAUCAAUAUGCAUUUUGAUCCAAGCCAUUGGGUACAUAGUUGUGCAGUGGCAACCUUGGUAUAUCCCACCACACUUGGAAAAAGAGAAGUCCAAUAUCGAAAAUUCCCAGAAUACGACACUUUUUCUAGUGUCCUGUUUCCAGUAUAUUCUCUCUGGUAUAAUUUUAAGCGUUGGACCACCUUUCAGGCAGGCUAUUGGACAAAACCUCCCGUUCGUCGUUACGAUCGUGACAGGGUUGCUGUUUUCAUCAUACAUGCUGUUCGAUCCUUCUAAGUGGUUGGCGAAGUUCAUGCAACUCACGGAAAUGGACUUAGACUUUCGAUUCUUUAUUCUAUCCCUCGGGGCUGUAUAUUUCUGCUUUGCUUGGGCCGGGGAAUCAGUCAUUUUCCCAGCUUUAUCCAGAUGGAUUGGACAGACCAUACGUAAAGUUAUCAAGUCUCCGAAACAGCGCAAAGUCUACAAGUUGGUUCGAGAGCAGCUCCGUAUAUAA